CUUUGAUACUGAUUAGAUAUCGUUGCACACAGGCAUUUAGGAAGCGAACGAUUUCUUCUGUUACAAGGCAAAGGAGAGGAAUGGCAGACGGCUAGCGCCCACAGGUCAGAGGCUAGAUGCAGAAAUCAAGGUUUAGAAAGAAUGCUAGGGUGGUGGCCUCAGGUGUAGCUACGAACCUGAACAAAGUGGGGAACUAAAUAAAGGAAAACAUUGAUGAUAUUUUGUAUCCUUCUCGCAAGCCACCCAAGUAAAACCUUCUAUUGACUAACAACUCAGCAAUCGCGCCAAGGGGGCCUCGAAGCCAAAUCAAACCCUUCUCUUCGCGGCCUAAGCAACAGGAAGAAGAAAGGCUGUCGAUAGCGGGCGCGACAAUAUAAUUCCUUUUUUCGUUUUCAUCCCCCUCGAUCUCGAAUCGGACGGACGAGUUCUCACUUCGCGAUCCAGAUGUCUGCGGCGGCUAUCACCUGCAGUAGAGGCGCCGCCGCGUUAGGGUUUCGUUGCUGGUCGCUGAUGCGGCUGCCGGCGGCGCAAGUCGGGUGCCCUCGGUCCAAUUUGUCGCUGCUGCAGCGCUUCUCUUCGCAACUCGUCAAGAGCAACGGGAGUAGGGCUUGCCUUAUCGACACGCUCGCUCUGGUCAGGAGGUUGGAGAAGGAAGGGGUCCCGUCGAAGCAAGCAGAGGCCAUCACAUCGACCAUCACGGAGGUUUUGAAUGAGAGCUUGGAGAGCGUCGCCCAGUCCUUUGUGUCCAAGCCCGAGAUGCAGAGGAGUGAGAUGAUUCAAGAUUCUAAUAUCUGGAAAUUCAAGUUGGAAAUGAAGGGCUCGCAGGUGCAUAUGUGACGAGUUACGUGACGAGUUAGCGAAACAAAGUGCAGAAACCACAGAACUUAUUACCAAACUCGACAGGGUAAGUUUCCUAGAUCAAGGAGAAAAAAAAUUACUGAUAAUUCUGUCCGUAGUUUUUGGUUUAGUAUGUCUA